AUGCUCCGUUUUGCUCGAUCUUUCUCUCGCUCAGCCACCGUUUCCGCCAACUACGGAUUCAUCGGCUUGGGCCAAAUGGGCCAGCACAUGGCAAGACAUAUCUAUGCUCGCUUGGAGCCUCUGGAUAAGCUUUACGUUUACGACACCGUGCCUUCGGUCACGUCGACAUUCAUUGAAACCAACACCACCCAGAAGCCAGAAUUGAAGGAUCAGUUGGUGGCGUUGGAUUCCAUCUCCAGCUUUGUAGAUGGCGUGGACUCUCAGUUGGACUACAUAGUAACCAUGGUUCCGGAGGGGAAACAUGUGAAGGGUGUUGUUGAGGAGUUGGUGAAGAGUUACAAAAAGAACCCUCAAACGGCAUCAACAACCUUUUUAGACUCGUCCACUAUCGACAUCCCCACCUCUAUCGAGGUUCACAACUACGUCAAAGAACAGCUUCCAUCGUUCGACUUUAUUGACACUCCAGUCUCUGGAGGAGUGGCAGGUGCCAGAAAGGCUUCUUUGUCGUUCAUGCUCUCAAGAAAAACUCACGAAGAGAUUGAUCCAAGCUUGACCAAAUUGUUGAACUACAUGGGUAAGAACAUCUUCCCAUGUGGUUCUAAGCAUGGCGCUGGUUUGGCUGCGAAAUUGUCCAACAAUUACUUGUUGGCCGUGACCAACUUGGCAGUAGCUGAUUCAUUCCAAUUGGCCAAGGCUUUCGAUUUGAACUUGCAACAGUACGCUAAGUUGGUGGCAGUUUCUACCGGAAAGUCUUGGGCCUCUGUCGACAACUGCCCGAUUCCUGGUGUGUACCCAGCAGAGAGCAACUUGCCAGCAGACGACGGUUACAAAGGGGGCUUCAUUACUAAAUUGACCAAGAAAGACUUGGUUUUGGCUACAGACUGUGCUGCCAGUUACGACCGCUUCUUAUAUUUGGGUGACAUUAGCAAGAAGUGGUACCUCAAAGCUUGCGAGCGUGAGGACCUCGGUAACAGAGACUUAGGUGUCUUGUAUGAGUGGUUGGGGGAGCUUCAAGAAGAAAAUGGUAAAGUAGUGGACACCAAAACCUCUGAAAAGUUUAACUUAUAG